AUGAACGUGUUCCGGCUGGCGGGGGACAUGACCCACCUGCUCAGCGUCGUGGUGCUGCUCCUCAAGAUCCACACCAUCAAGUCGUGCGCAGGCAUAUCUCUGAAGACGCAGGAGCUGUAUGCAGUUGUUUUUGCAGCCCGCUAUCUGGACCUGUUUGUUCAUUUUGUGUCUCUGUAUAACACUGUCAUGAAGCUGGUCUUCUUGGCAAGUUCUUUCUCGAUAGUUUGGUACAUGAAGCGGCAUAAGAUUGUGCGGAGGACCUAUGACAAGGAUCAUGACACCUUUCGCCAUUACGUUUUAGUGUUGCCUUGUCUUCUUCUGGCUCUCCUCAUUAAUGAGAAGUUUACUUUUAGAGAGGUGAUGUGGGCAUUCUCCAUUUAUUUGGAAGCUGUCGCGAUAUUUCCACAACUUGUUUUGCUACAGCGGACAAGGAAUAUUGACAACCUGACUGGCCAAUAUGUCUUCUUCUUGGGUGCCUACCGCGUGCUUUAUAUCCUUAACUGGAUUUACCGAUACUUCACUGAGCCCCAUUUUGUCCAUUGGAUAAGUUGGGUGGCAGGAAUAGUGCAAACUCUGUUGUAUGCUGACUUCUUCUAUUAUUACAUAAUGAGCUGGAAGAACAAUGUGAAGCUAGAGCUGCCAGCUUAA